AUGCUUAAGCCCAACUUAGAAUUGCCCCCAGUUUUCCAAAGGUUAUAUGUUGGGUUUGCAGCCCUUAGAACAGGAUUUGUUGGAGGAUGCAGGCCCAUCAUAGGAUUGAAAAAAAAAGCAAGAGAAGUUAUUGAAAGAGAUCAAAGGGUCCAAUAUGCAAAGGUGUAUGAUUACUGUGAAACAGUGAGGCUACAUAAUCCAAACAGUGUAAUGCAAGUAGUGGUGGAUAGGCCCAAUGAAAACAUGCUUAAGCCCAACUUAGAAUUGCCCCCAGUUUUCCAAAGGUUAUAUGUUGGGUUUGUAGCCCUUAGAACAGGAUUUGUUGGAGGAUGCAGGCCCAUCAUAGGAUUGGAUGGGUGUCAUUUGAAAGGAAUCUAUGGUGGACAAUUAUUAUGUGCACUUGGAAGGGAUGAGAACGACAACUAUUUUCCAAUUUCAUGGGUAGCUAUUGAGGCAGAAAGUAAAGAUUCUUGUGUGUGGUUUUUAAGGCAACUCAUGGAUGAUAUUGGUAGUGCUGAUGACAUGGGAUGGGUCUUCAUUUCUGACAAACAGAAGAGGUUAGUACCUGCAUUUGAGGAGGUAAUGCCAAAUGUGGAACAUAAAUUCUAUAUGAGGCAUAUUUACUCCAAUUUUAGAGCAAAGUUCAAAGGGCUUGAAUUGAGGGACCUAUUGUGGAAGGCAGCUGCAGUUGGGACUGUCAGGGAAUUUGAAUUUCACAUGAACAAGUUGAAGGAGAUGGAUCCAGAAAAGAAAGCAUACAAGUGGCUAAGGAAGAUAGAUCCUACUUUAUGGACUAGGUCCUAUUUUAGCCCAAGAAGUAGGUGUGAUACAUUGGUCAACAUGUGUGAGUCAUUCAAUAACAACAUUUUGGAAGCUAGGGACAAAUCCAUAAUCAGCAUGCUUGAAUGGAUUAGAAGGAGGGUAAUGCACAGGAUCCAAAUCAAGAAGGAAGGGAUGGAAAAAUACACUGGUGAAAUUUGUCCUAACAUUGUCAAAGAUUUAGAAGCACUGAAAGUGCACGCUAGGAAUUGUUUUGCAACCUCUUGUGGUGACAGAAAAUUUGAAGUAGAUUGUGGUGAUACCACACACAUUGUUGAUUUGGAGGAAAGGAAAUGUAGUUAUAGGAUGUGGGAUUUGACUGGAAUACCUUGUAAACAUGCAAUAAAUUCCAUAUUUGUUCAAAGAGAGAAGUCAGAGGACUAUGUGCACCCUUAUUACAGUAAGCGAAAUUAUCUUGUAGCCUAUAACUCAAUGAUGCACCCUGUUCCAGGCCAGCAUGAUUGGGUUGAAAUAGGAUUGCCAGCAGUGGCUCCUCCAUUGUAUGAAAAACAGCCUGGAAAACCACCAAAAAUGAGAAAGAAGGGUAUAGAUGAGCCAAUAAACCCUGUCAGAGUUUCAAGGCAGCAUAGGUUCAUUGUUUGUGCUAGAUGCCUUCAAAAAGGUCACAACCAGAGGUCUUGUAAGGGUCCUGUCCAUCCCAAGUCCAAGCUUUUUAAGCCAACAAGAAGUAACCAGCAACAACCAUUUUCAGCAGCAACAACAACUGCUUCAUCAACACUAGCAACAGCAACAACAACAUCAUAUCAAGUAACCUGA